AUGUUCGUGACCAUUUCUCUCGAAGAUUCAAUUUGUGCCCGGUGGUGGUUGACCGUGUGGCAGUUCGACGAGAUCAAGACCCCAGACGGCUUCGCAGAGAUGAUACCACCGUACAAGGGGUUUGUGUUCAAUGACUUCUAUGCCUUCAAACCAUCGCACUCCAGCUUGGAAGGCAUCAUUUCCGCCAAUGACCUGAAUUGCGCUGUUUCCAAACCGAAUGCAUUGUACGGAGCUGCAAGGGCCCGUCUAUCGAAUAGUCAACAGGGCUCCAUGAACUUACUGGACCAACGGCCCUCUAUUUACCUCUACAAUUCAACCGAGACCUUCACUCUCCACGCGCUGAAGAUAAAACCGCUCGACAUGCCGGUCGGCUCUGUGGCCAUCAGUCUUCAAGGUUUUCGUCUGAAUGAAGAUAGCACUUUCUCCUGGAGUGUCGACUUCCCUGCUGGCUUUCAUGAUGUUCUAAAUGUUCAAGUGGAAAAAUUCACUGGGAAGACUUGGGAGGGCUUGACAAGGCUGGAGAUGUGGGCUGAGUUCCACUUCCAGAACAUCAAAUGGAAAGACUGGGAGUUCUGCGUCGACGAUAUUGACCUUGAAAUCGGGUAG